GGAAUCAACUUCUAACCGUCGAAUGGCGGCUGUCCUGCCACCGCCCUCCGUUGGCCGCUUCAAGAUGGUCAUGCUGGGUGAUGCAUCCGUCGGUAAGACGACCCUUGCGAUGCGGUUCAGUGGUCUGCAUCAAAGUGAAAAAAAGAUUGCCACUGCCUCGGUGGCAAAUUUCGAGAAGCUUUUUAUCACCAGCAAUGGAGCGGCAAUCAAGUUGGACAUUUGGGACACGGCCGGGAAUGAGCGAUUUCGUGCAAUUACGCCCAUGUACCUGAGGGGGGCUCGGGCGGCAAUCGUUUUGUACGACAUCCUGAGCCGGGAGUCGUUCGAGCAGGCCAAAAAUGUGUGGAUCGAAGAAGUGCGGAGAUCACAGGAGGAAGGAAUGGUGGUUGCGUUUGUUGGCAAUAAGCUGGAUAAGAAACGGUACCGGAAGGUUGGACGGGAGGAGGCCGAACAGUAUGCCGCGAGCGAAGGAUUUAUGUUUUUUGAAGCAUCGGCUCGGACGGCGGAAAAUGUGGAGGCAGUGUUCCAUGCGGUGGCAGAAGAGUUGGGGACGAGGAAAUACGAUGACUCGAUAGAGAAGCCGAACAUUCGACUUGGUGGCACGAGGACUUACGGGGGAUGGAUGACGUGCUGCUGA